ACUGAUAACUAUAAAUCUGAAAUACGGAGAGUUUUGAAAACGAUACGUAAUAAUUACCUAAGUAGUUACUGCUAUAUUAUUUUCAAUUGAUCAGGCAUAUUUAUUGAUUUUGCUUUUGUACAUUCGAAAGACUGUUCGAUUGCUUCGAACACAUUAAUUGCAAGUUCAAAUCAUACAACAGUUUAUUUGAACAUCGAUCCUAUGUUGUUGCUACCCGCCUAGGGAUAAAUCAAAAAUGAGUAGUUUUCGAUUUAAAAAUCCUGAUGAAAAACCAGGAUAUGGAGAAGAAGAUUCCAACUUCGAAUCUGCUAUAUCUUCCUCAUUUGUUUAUAAUCCAUACAUGUCAUUGGAUUUACAAAGCCAAAGAAAUAAAUUACCUAUAACCAAAUAUCGAAAUGAAGUUUUGUAUCUUUGUGAAAAGUUUCAAACAUUAAUAUUAGUCGGAUCUACAGGAAGUGGAAAAAGUACUCAGGUGUCUCAAAUGCUUUUAGAUAGUGGAUUAUGUCAAUGUGACAAAUCAAUUGUAAUUACUGAGCCCCGGAAAAUAAGUGCCAUAACAUUAGCUACUCGAGUAGCACAAGAACAAAAAACUAAUCUGGGUCAACUAGUAGGCUAUUCAGUUAGAUUUGAUAACUGUAGUCAACCAAGUACAAAAAUUAAAUAUAUCACUGAAGGUAUUCUUUUGAAUGAGAUGAUGAGCAAUCCUUUAUUAGUUAAUUAUUCUGUUAUAAUAUUAGAUGAAAUACAUGAAAGAAGUUUGAUGACUGAUAUUUUAAUGGGACUAAUUAAAAAAGUUUUGAAAAAACGACCAACUUUAAGACUCAUAAUACUAUCAGCCACUUUGGAUUCUUCACAACUUAAAUCGUAUUUUAAUUUAAAUCAAAGCAAUGACCCUGCUAAUGAUACUGCAACUGUUUUGGGUAUUGAAGGAAGAUCCUACCCUACAAAAAUCUAUUAUAUAAAAGACCCAACACCAAAUUAUAUAGAUGAAUCAAUUAAUACAGUAUUGAAAAUUCAACAAGGUGGCUCACCAGGUGAUAUUUUGGUGUUUUUAACAGGGAAAGAAGAAAUCAUGCAAGCAGUUAACACAUUGGAUGAUUACAAUAUUAAGAAUGCUAAUGAAAAAAUUAAACUUCUUCCUAUUCCUAUGCACGGUACCUUAACUAAUGACGAACAACUCAAAGCCUUUCGUCCAGCACCUAGAGGAUACAGAAAAGUAGUUUUUUCAACUAAUGUUGCAGAGACAUCGGUUACAAUUUCUGGAAUUGUUUAUGUUAUUGAUUGUGGAUUUGUUAAACUAAAGUGGUUUAAUUCUAAGUUUGGUGCUGAUUCAUUAAUAACUGUUCCUAUAUCAAAAGCUUCAGCAGUUCAAAGAGCUGGCCGUGCAGGAAGAGAACGACCUGGUAAAGUAUAUAGAUUAUACACUAAAGAAGCCUAUCAAAAUUUGAUAAACGCCACUCCUCCGGAAAUGAUGAGAUCUGAUUUAACUGAUGUAACUUUGCAGCUUAAAGGCAUUUAUAUUAAUAAUGUUUUAAGAUUUCCUUUCCUAAGUCCACCCCCAGCUAAAAAUCUUCUAUAUGCUAUGGAAAUGUUAAAAGCUUUAGAAGCAAUUGACAACAUUGGGAAUCUAACAGAUUCAUUUGGAACUAUUAUGGCUGAAUUACCAUUACCAGCAAAACAUUCAAGAAUAUUAUUGAAGUCUGCUGAAAUGGGUUGUUCUUCAGAAAUUAUAUCUAUAUUAGCUAUGCUUCAACUUCAAGAUGCAUUUGUACGUCCAAAGUAUGGAGCUACAAUACAAAAAGCUAAAAUACAACAUAGGAAUUUUGAAGUUGCCGAGGGAGAUUUACUUACUUUAUUAAAUAUUUACAAUGGAUUUGAAAAAAAUCAAUAUAGUCAACCAUGGUGUCAUCGAUUUUUUAUAAAUUAUAAUGGAUUAUGCAAAGCACGUAAAAUCCGUUCACAUUUAAUAGAUUUAAUGAGGACAUCAAAAAUUCCACUUAAAUCUUGUAAAGGAAAUACACGAAUUAUUAUAAAGAGCAUUGCAUCCGGACUUUUUAAAAAUGCUGCUUAUUUACAUUAUACUGGAGUAUAUAGAUCAGUUGGUCUUGAUGAAGAUCUUUAUUUUCAUCCUAAGUCUGUUCUGAAUUAUGUAAAUCAACCACAAUGGGUCCUGUAUGAUGAACUUCUGGAAACUACAAAAACUUACAUAAAAAAUUUAGUUGAAAUAACACCAUCGUUAUUAUUAGAAGUAGCUCCUCAUUAUUUUUCUACGCCAACAUUAUAAAAUAGAAUAUUAUUUGAUAAUAGUGACAUUUUUAUUAGUUAAUAGGUAAAUUUAAGUAAUUUAAAUUAAAUAUUUUCUUUAACUAUAUCAAUUUUGUGAAUAUAUAUCAUGUUUAUUAAUUAUAAUAACAAAUGAUUUAAAAUUAUACAUUUUAUAUGGUUUAUUAGUAUGAUUUUUAUGAUAAAAUGUAUUUUUUCUAAUUAAUUUACAUUAUUUUCUUUUAACUUUUAAGUAUUAUUACUACUUUAAGAUUUUAUUAGACAUUAGAGUAUUAAUAUUGAGAUUUUAACAGACUGAAUAUAAAGACUACAUGAAUUUUAGUUGACACACAUAUUUGUUAACUGAUCUUUUAAAUAAAAUGCCCGAAAAAUAAAAAACUAAUCAUUUA